AUGUCUAUAGCUCUUGCCAUAGAGGCUCUCCAGCAAGCCCUACCUGACGUCCAACUUUACGUUCAAGGUACCGAUGAAUUCAAUAAACUCAAUGCGUCCUAUCUCUCAGCACUUGAGAGCGACAUCACUCCGGCUGCGAUUAUCCUCCCCAAGACCUCUAAGCAUGUUUCUACAUUCUUGAGAACGAUCGGACCUUUCGUAACUAAUGGCCAGACCACAUUUGCCGUCCGCGGCGCCGGUCAACAGCCUCUGCCGGGUUGCGCGAAUAUCCAGGGCGGCAUUACAUUGGACUUGGCCUUAUUAACCGGAAUAAAGCUUGAUUUUGACAGUCGUGUUGUCUCCAUUGGUGCUGGUGAGCGCUGGGGCGCAGUUUAUGAGAAGCUUUCUGGUCAUGGCCUAAGUAUCACAGGGUCACGAUCUGCGAAAGGUGGUAUUGGAGGAUUAGCUUUAGCAGGCGGCCUCUCCUUCUUCUCUACUCGCGAGGGUUUUAUCUGCGAUAAUGUUGUAACUUACGAGAUUGUUCUAGCUUCUGGGGAAGUUGUCAAAUGCAGUGUCGAUAACAACCCUGAUCUGUACAAAUGUCUGCGAGGCGGUGGGAACAAUUUCGGCAUAGUAACAAAAUAUGACAUGAGGACUUUUACGCAAGGCCCCUUUUGGGGCGGAAACGUUUUCUACUACCCGGCGAGUUUUCCGAACCAGGUCGACGCCCUCGUUCAUCACCUCCAGGACGCGCAGAUUGAGACUCAUGUCAUGGUCAGCCUCUUCUUCGCAGCUCAAUUCGGUGCAACUCUUGGUCUCAAUCAAGUGUAUUACACCCGUGAAAUAAAGAGCCCACCCGUAUUGGAUCCUUUCGUGAAUAUUCAGCCGCAGCUAGACGACUACAGAUCCUUACGCAUGAUCAAUGCGAAGGACGCUGCAGGCGAGCAAGCAUCAAUGUCUGCAAAUGGAAAAAGGGUUGCUUAUGUGAACACUACCGUCAAAGCAGACGCGGCCACCCUAAAGGCGGCAGCGGAUAUUUUUACUGCAAGUCUUAAUCUUGUCCAAGGCUGCAAGGGCGUUGUGUUUUCGUUGACUUUCCAGCCUUACCCCAUGUCUCUUUUGGAGAAGUGUCUCUCGGCAGGUGGUAAUAUUACAGGCCUUACUCCUGCUGACGGUCCCUUGGUCUCAGUUCUUGUCCUUAUGAACUGGGAAGACAAAGACGACGACAAGACUAUUCUAGGAACAGCAAGAAGUAUCCUGGAAGCCAUUGAUAAAGAUGCUGCAGCAAGAGGUCAAGCUGUUUCUUACAAAUAUCUAAACUACGCUUUUGAUUUCCAAGACCCGAUCGGCUCGUAUGGUGCCGAAAACAAGCAGUUUCUUCAGGACGUGAGCAAGCGGGUUGAUCCGGACGGUGUAUUUCAACAAGGGGUCCCAGGAGGUUUUAAGUUAUUUAGUUAA